CAAAAGUGCUACUUUCAUGGAGUAGCUUCGGCGCCACAUGGUCUUUUUCUUGGUAUUAGAACUAGUUGGUGGUGCGUUGUUCGAUGUCGAAGAAUAAUGACGGCGGCCUUAGCAGUUCAGGCCUCCAAGAGUGCUUGUGCUGCAAGCGGAUGCACCGGAGGUCUUAUUUCAACGAGACGGAAGAACAAGGCGUUCGGGUUUGCGACUCUGGCAGGGCGAGCAGUUGCAGCAGCAGGUCCUCGUGGACCAACAGAAGCAGUGGCAAGCGCACAGC